AUCAAGCAGCAAAGAGUGUAAUAAAUUAUGCAAAUGAAGAAUGACGUCACCGUCAAACAACAAGUGUGUAUUCACGAAGACACAACUACCACUGUUUAAACAGCGCGAUAUCACUGCUAAAAUUAUGGAUAAAUACCGGUUGCAGUGGGUUGGGUCCAAGUGUGGGCAACAUGGGCCUUACACUUUCUUCAAGGGCUUCAAAUUUCUCAAAAACUCGAAGUGGAGAACGAUUUCGCUUGGCGAAUUCUUUUUCGUCAAGUGCUCGGAAAACGACCCUCUUUGCAUAGCCGAACUGCAAUUAUUAUGGGAAGACAAGGGCACGGAAGGAAUUAUGCUAUCCAGUUUACGGCUCUACUUUCUCCCUGAACAUACUCCAGACGGCAGACAUCAUUCUCACGGAGAAAAUGAAGUGAUAGCAGUCAACGGCAAGGCCAUCAUGAGCAUCGAAGACCUCCUCGAAUGGGUGAUCAUGGAAGAUGUCAGGUGGAUCGAUGGUUUCCCCACGAUCUGCCCCAACGACCACGCCUCCAGGACCACAGGGGAGAGGCAUGGUGCACCCUCCACUACUACCACCACAGAGGAACAGGGCGGGGCAUUUACGUUCGAGGGUGUGGCGUCUAUUAAGAAUCAGGAUGGAGAUGCUAUUGAAGAGUUACCAUUGAGCAGAUUAAGGUGUACAGAUGAACAAGCCACAAACUCAAACGAACCCUGCAAAGAUACGGAAGAGGACCAGAAGCUGAUGGUGGUCAGCUACCCCAGCUACUGCCGUUACCAUGGCAACCUGAAGAGGAUAGAGAAGCAGGGGGACAAGUGGCGUAGCAACCCCCUCCUGAAGGCCCUGGGGCUCCUCUCCAUGCCCCACCCUCACACCAAGCUGCUCUUCUGCCGAGACGAGUUUGAUCAUCCCAUCAUGGAGGAGGACGAGAGGUUGUGUGAAUAUACAGCUCCCAAACUGAAAGGUAGACCAAGGAAGAAGAAAGUGAAGUUAAAAUCAGAUGAUGAUCGGUAUGAACCACCUAGAAAUCACAGCGGCUCACAUAACCUUCAGAACACCUUCCUGCUUGCUAGCAAGAGGACAUACAGGGUGGGGUCAAGGAGGUCAAGAGACAGACUGGAGCUGGGGUCGAGUGGGGCCGACACCCUAUCUCAGCUGAAGGCGGAGUUUAGGAUGGGUAGAGUGACCAGUGAGGAGCUCUUCCUAACGCACCUCUACAAGUACAUGAAGGACAGGAACACACCCAUCGACAGAGUGCCACACCUUGGAUUCAAACAGCUUGAUCUGUUUGCCUUCUUUGAGUUAGCUGUCAAGCUUGGUGGCUAUAGGAGUAUCACAUCACAGAAACAAUGGAAGGUCAUCUAUGAUCAGCUAGGGGGCAACCCUAACAGUACCAGUGCUGCAACAUGCACCAGGAAACACUAUGAAAGGUUGCUCUUUCCAUUUGAGCAGCACCUUCGCAUGCCAGACAAACCAGCAGACAUGUAUGGUGCAAAGGACAAGAAGAAGAAGAAGGACAAGAAAGAUAAGAAGAGGUCGAGGGUCAAACACGUCAGAGAACAACUUCAGGAGCUUGAGGCAUGGCGGCAAGCAGAGAGGAGAGCGCAAGAGCAGAUGCUAGAGCAAGCAGGAUUGAAUAGUGUCGUCAUGAGAGACACAAGUGCAUCCGUGUCAACAGUAACUACCACUGUGCCAACGAGCACAGCCACUAUAACUCCAUCAAUGACUGUCAGCGGAGAGGUGAAGCCUGCGAUGAGCAUCAACGGCAUGCCCAUCAUGACCAUGCCUCCCAUGAUUCCACAGUCACCCGUCGUUCAGCUUCAAGGGGGAAGCCACCUCUACCAUCAUCAUCUUGGUCUGAAGAACAUGGGUCCAGUCAUCCUGGCCAUACCUCAGGUACCCGUCUUAGCAGCUACAACAGUACCCAAACAGGAGAGGGAGAGUCCCGCACUGGGCCACCAGGCUGCCGAGGACCAGAAACAACCGUUGCAGCAACAGCCUGCUCCUCAGUCGCAGCCAUCGACUGUUUUGGACAAGGUGAGCGGCGGGGCACCACUGAUGCAGCAGGGAGAAAAAGCAGAGGUAAAACAAGAGGAGGCAGUGCCUAUCAAAAGUGAGAGAACACAUUCAGUUAUGAAUAACUCAGUGGUCAAAGAAGAAAGAGGUCUUGUAGAUCAUUCAAGGCAUAUUUCAAGAGGAGUUGAUAGCAAGCAUGUUAGUCGUGCGAGCCCUGUGAACCAUCUGAACAAUGUCACUAUGGGUGACCUGAGGUUAGGGAGUCAGGAAAGCCUCCUUCCACGUCCAUCAGUCAUACAGCACACGCAUCCCAAAAAGGUGAAGCUGGAAAGUGAUGUGCCAUCGGGGUUGAUCAAUUCACCACUUGCAAGCGCUGUGCAACCCAACGACCUCAUCUUACGCAACAUGACGAAAGAGCAAUUUGCAGCUGAGCAGGAACACUACAAGAAAGUGGUGGCAGAGAUGCCAGGCUUGCUGGGAGCAGGACCACGGUUCCUAUCACCGUAUCAUAUGACAUUCCUGCCACAAUCCCCUCUCCUCUUCCGCCCUCCAGUAGAACUCAAUAACCAAGCUGUUAUGAGUAUAGCCCCAACUCAGGUGACUAACAAAUUAAGCCAGUAUGAAUUUGAUGAUUCGAAAAGCAAAUCUCUUCUACCAGAACCAACUCCAGUCAAACCUCAUGCUUCUAUAGUACCUCCAAUACGUUCUUCCUCAUCUGCUUCCUCCUCUUCCUCCUCCUCCUCCUCUGCAUCCUCCUCUCGCUCGGUCAAGUAUGAACCCGUUCCGGAGCAGGAGGAACCUUGUGACCUAAGCAUGCCUAAGAAGCUGAAGAGGUAUUAUGACAAUGUGCUAGAAGACGAGAUUUAUGGGAAGCGUAGGCCGAGUGUCAUCAGUAAUGCCAACUUGCAUUCCACAAGCAAUGUGAUAAGGAACUCUCCAGUGCAUAGAUUAAGAACUUCCGAUAAGAAAGUCCGCAAGCGUUCCUCGUCCCCUCUCUCCAACUCUCGCGAGCACCAUGCCAUGCUUUCUUCCUCGUCGCCAUUGCACUCGACUCAUUCAGCCCCACUGAUGGCUUCAUCUUCCCUUCUUGGCAUGGCACCUAAAGUGAAGAUGACACCCAAUCCUCGAGGUUCCAUCACUCAGGGUAUCAUUGACCCAGCCACUAACCAGACCCAUCCUUCCCUUCUACACAAACUCCCCGUCGUCGACCCCUCCAAGGCCCCCACCCCCAAAUCCUUGGCCCAGGAUCUCGUCCCCCAACAUUUCCCUCUGGACUUCCCCGCAGCUCUCAGUCUUCCGAUGGCAGUAGACAGCAUGGGCAAGCCUCUCCAACCCCUGACUGAUCUUAGUCACCUCUCUAGGUUUCCCAUGCUCCCUUACUACCCUAUGCUUCCACGCCCAACAUUCCUACCGGCUGGGUCGCCCUUCCUGCAGGGGCUUGUCCCAGGUAUACCUACCAGUCAGGCAGAGAGUAUGCUACAGCAGGGGCUUUUCUUCCGCCCUCCGUUCCCUUUUGCGCCAUCGGUGCCUUAUAGUACUGCACAGCUUCCUCGGGACUCCACCCAGGCCUCCUUGUAUAGAAGCUAGUCAUAUCAUUGCUGGACAUACACGCGUAAUUGAAGGUUUAGAUGACCACACACAUCUCCAUUAUGUUUAUUGGGAGAAUUAUGGAGGUUUGCUUUAUCUUAUUGAUGUAUCGUGAGACGGACCCUGUGUAUGCUUCCAAAUAUAUUGUGCAGAACCAUUCCACAAUUUGUUCUUGAAGGAAAAUUUUAUUGCGGAGAGAGUAUGCACAUUUCUUGUAAAUUAAACUACAUAUUCAUAUUGACGUUUGUACUUCUGAACCACUAUCGACAGAAGUUUACAAACAGUUUGUACCGUGACCUAUAAUUUGCAUUUGUGACCUUUGAACUCAGGAGACCUGUAUAUGUGGCAGGAAGAAGCAGGCACAGAAGCAGAAUCAUGUAUUGGUUGCUUCGAACAUUCAUGUAGCACCAACAUUAUAUAUCAAGUCUACAGAAAUUUAAAUGUACACGUACUUCAUCAAUUACAUCUACGUGUAAAUGUCCAGCUUGGUAAAUACAGUUUGUCCAUAUGUUACUCGGUAUCCGAGCCGAAAAAGACAAAAGCACUGCCGUAAAUACGAUAAACAUCCAUUGGGCAAUUGCACAUCAAGUUUUGUUGUCACGUAUGUUUUCCAGUUUGUUUAUUGGUCAGUUUUUGUUUAUUUUGUAAGUCUUCCAUCAUGUGCCUUGUAUAAAAUUUAUAUUUUUGCACAAAUCAAGUGUUUUAUACAUUUUUCACAAAGCCUUCAUUCUCAUGAAAGUAAUAUUUUUCAUAUUUCAUUUUACAUUUGAUUUUAAAAGUUUAUUUUGGGGUAUCGUGAAUUUGUGAUCCAUUUGUUUUGUAUUUGUGUGUGGAUGGGACAUUACAUGCCAUUGCCAUUGUAAAGUAUGUAUUAUUCUAAGAUGUUUUGAUGUUCAAUUGUCAUAGUUGUCAUGUUGCUGCGAUUUGAAUCAUGGGUAUUAUCCGUCUUCUUGAAAUAAGUAAAUGUCUUAGAUUCAUUAAGUAUGUUCCUGUCUAUCAAUCCUAAACUCCUGUCAAUUUUCUCACUCUUUGUUAUACAAAUUCAAACGUUAAUAGAAUACCAUCAAAGCAGUUUUGCAGGGAAUCCAUUUCAAACACAGCAAGUGUGUACAUCUACCAGUAAUGAUGCCAUUGGAUGGGCAAUCUUACAUGUACUAGACAUUUUUAGGAGUACACUUUUUUAUUCUAGCAAGUAGCGAUAUCAGUGAGAUUUAGAGAUCAUGGUGUUGAUGAGAAGAUAAUCUUGACAGAAAUAUGACACUGAGGCCAGUAUUCAUAAAUGUGAAUUAACAUUAAUCCAGGUUUAAGGCUAUACUGAACUGAACUGCUACAGCUGACCUGAGAUGGUGCUAGAGGGGAUUUGUAGUGCGUCUAGUACAGAAUGGCUUUAAACCCUGACUGACAUGCUAGAUUUAGUCCUCUAAUUUAUGGAGCGCCAAAUUCCAAUCUCCGCUUCCCGGGAAAUACGAUCAUGAUGUACAAAUGGAAAUCAUGUCAUUGUGAAAUCAAUUUCUGAUUUGAAAAUCAUGCCUUGAUUAAUUUCAUUUAAUCAUAUUGUUACAGGCAUACGAUCAUUUGUAUGGAGUAAAGAGAUUGAAAUUAGGCGCUCUAUAAAUCAUUGGACCUUAAGCAUAAUUAAACCUAAAUCCAGGAUAAACUUACGUAUGAAUACUAUGACCUAAAGAUGGUAAAAAGUGGACUCUGAUUGGUAUCUUUUAUCUUAAAAAGUAAAUAUAGGAAUUAUAACAAAAAAUUGAACUACAGGUAUGUUUAAGCCUCUUCAGGUCAAUACGUUCUACCUCUGUUGAUGAUUUAACAAAAAAUUAUGGGAAUUUACUUCUGAUUUUCUUUUCUCUUUUGAUGAAACUUCUGAGAUGUAUGAGUAAUGUCACAUGAAGGACAUAAAUAGUCUAAAGAAAAUAGAUCUCAGUAACUACCUCUGAAAUACAUUUCGACAGUUAGCCCCAAAGGUCAACAGUCUCAAGGAUGUAGCUAAUGAAAAGCAAGAUGUUCUCAAUAACAAUCACAAAUGACUAACUUUUUGAUACUAUUUAUGUUUCUUUUUCAUGCCCCCCCCCCCCCAAUAAAUUGAAAAGUCUGUAGCUUAUAUUCAUAAAAUAAGGAUUAAAGAGCCUAUCCCAUUGAUGGAUAAUGAUGAUGAUGAUAACUGCAUGUAUAAAGCAUUCCCAAAUUGGUCUUUUGAAAUUGAUUUGAAACGGGUUUUGGAAAAUUGAUUUUGGUGAUUCUGAACCAAGAAAAUUGGUGCUUAAAGCUCAUUACCAGUAGCAAAGAUUUGUCAGAUGGGAACUUCAAGACCGAAAUCCGAUCCCCUUUCCGCAAAAUUUUCUGGAGACCAAUGGGGACGACUUGUUACUGUAAUCAGUCAAAUGGGGCCGGCCUUCCCACAUGUACAUGAUCAUGUCACCACUUACGUUACCAUUGCCAUGCCUAUACAAUCUUUAAUUAUACAACGUGUAAAAUGUAUUGAAAGAUUGAUUCAGUUUGCAUGAAUAUGCCUGUGUGAUCAUGUCAUUAUUUCAUUACUUUUCAUACAUGUACAAACCAAAGUACCCAUGCUUCACGUUCACUACACUAUGUGCUAAACAUACAUUAGAUGUUAUCGACUCUUGACAGGUUGGACUUGAUAAAUUGGGAUUUAUAUUGCAACUCAAUUGAGGGAAAUGGGAUUCAUAUUUCAGUUAAAUUGUUGGAUCCUGCAAAAUUGCAUAAUGCCUAAAAAGUUAUCGGCUGUAAGAAAAUGAUGUCAGGAUAAAUAGUAUAUUUAAUGCACCCCCCCCCCCUCCCUCCAUAAUUAAAAUAUGCAAGAAUAGUUUCUGCCUAAGAAACAAGCCUAGCAGAGGCACUCCUUUUCAGUGCCACUGUUAUGUCACAUUACAUUAUUUUGUUAGUAUUAAAAAUAUCGAGUGUUAUGCAACAGUAAGACUAUGAAGGGUUCAUUCAUUCUUUAGGAACAUUUUACUCUGGUGUUAAAAGCUGCAAUAAUAUCUAAUAGAUUGUCGUCUAUACAAUGUCUGCAAUUAAUUAAAUGAAUGAUGUGAUUUUUGAUAAAGCUAAUUUUUAAAGGAUGUAAAUUAUGAAGAUAAAACAGUCGAUGAAGGAAGAAGUUUUUGCUGAAUAGUAAAUUAGGCGAUCAUACAAUAUAUGGUUGCUUUCAAAAUCUGUUGUUUAAACAAGUAAUGGCAUAUUAUUGUCCGUAAUGUACACAAAAUGUUUACGGUUUAAUUAAUUUUUAAUUUCCCGGAAGAAUAACAAAUCUAAUUAAAAAUAUAUAUUUAUUUGUGUUGGAUUAACUAUACCAAUACAUUUUGUCAUUUUCCUGCUACGGAGUUCACCGAGCGAAACUUAUUGAGUCAAAACAUUUAAUUUACUAGUGAACAAAUGUGCAAUUUGUUUUCAAACACCACAUUGCUUUUACUGCAUGUUGUUGUCUUCCAAUUCAGUUCACAAAUAGACAGUUUUAGAUGGGCAACACAUUUUUAUGCUCCAAUCAUUUCAUACAUUUGGGUAAACUCGAUAAUGUCUUUGUUAUCAGUAUCAUACUAACUUUUUUUUGUAAGCUGUUUUUGGUAUGCUAUUCAAUUAAACCUUUGUGAAUAAUGUAAAAAAAAAAGAAGUGUCAUUUUCAGUGUACAGUGAGCUACCGGUAUAUGUAUGAGAAAUGUAUGCAACAUAAGUGUCAUUUUUUUUUGGACUGGGUCAUUUAUCGAAGCCAACUUGCCAAUCGUUAUAGAGUAGUCAGUACCCUCUUGAUUCCCCCAAAUUAUCGUUUUUCAAGCCUCUCUUUGUAAAACAUGUUUUCUUUCUAUUCCUCGAGAUGGCGACAUCACUCUAUCUUGUCCCAUACGUCACCAACUACAUGUACAUUAAAGAGUUUACAUAUCUGAUGAUGAUAUUAUCAUUUAGGAGGUGAAUUGUUGCCAAAAAUGCACAAAAUUAUGAACGGACAACACCUAGACGCCUGGUUAGAUAUCCUUGUCUUUAUGGCUGCCGUUAACAUGUUUGUGCACUUGAGCCAAACUGGCUUGUACCUCGGUGUGAAGAGACUCGUCAACGCACCUCUGGCUGUCAAUUGCCUGCUCUAGUAUUGAUAAUUUAAAGCGAUACUGAACCAAUGAACUUUCUGCCCAAGCGACUGUUUAUUGCACAGCGCCAUCUCAUGGUCAACUCUCCAACAGCACGUAACUCGAUACCUAAUUUCCACUUUGCAGACAGAGAAGUCAAUGCGAGAACCAACAGCGCAGCUAGAGAAGUAGAGAGUUACGGGACUAUACUGCUACAGAUGACCUUAGAUGGUGCUGGAGGGGAUUUUGCGGUGGUACAUGCACUUCUAGUACAGUAUAUAUGGCUUUAAUUAAUAGAGUAUGCUUUUGCAGUGGGUCUCUAUAUUGACAAUCUUGGCUUUGAUAUUUGAAUACUCCAAAACUGGCAUUUAUGCUUAAUUGUAUCAAAACCCCUCUAUUUCUUGUAAAGCAUCUGUUACUUAUUGUGUGUGGGAGAAAUAUCAGAUAUUGAAAUUAUGGUAGGGACAAUUUUUUUAUACUCCAACUGGAACCGAUGUACUAUUUAUAUAUCAUGUUGUUUGAUUAUGAAAGUAAAUAAAAACUAUGCAGUAUUUGCAUAGGAAUUCUUCAGAA